AUGGAUAAUAAGAGUAAAUAAAUGAAGAAAUAUUGUAAUAUAUAAAAAUUGGAGAUAGAUUUUGUCAAAGUAACAGAUAUAAAUAAAAAUUUGGAAGUUGAGAGUAAUUUUAUAUAAAUAAAAAAUAGAAACAAAUCUCUUGAAUCAAAUGUCGAUGUAGUUAGAUUAAAAAUAUAAAGAACAUUAGGAAGCUAUGAUAAAAUUAUAAGACGAAAGUAUUUGAAAAUUCAUUAUAUUAGAUUAGCAACAAAUCAAUGAAAUAAGUGCAUAAUUAUAAUAAAAAGAAGAAGAAAAUUUAUAGUUCAAAAAAUUAUUAGAAUAUAAAACAGAAGAAAUAAUAAAUCUUAAAAAGUAGAAUGAGGAGGAUAAAUUAAAAAUCACAAAUUUAGAAAAUAAAAGUAUAUAUUUAUUUAGAGUUGCUUAGAGAACACAGAAAUCAUAGAAAUAAAUAAAAGACUGAAUCAAAAGGAUUCAGAAUUAUAAAUUAUUUAAAGACAACUUGAUUAUUUUAAUCAAGUAUAUUCUAAAUAGUACUAAUCUUAGAUUUAAUAAUUUUCAAAAACAUUAAUAUUUUCAAAUACUUACAAGCAUAGUAAUUGUUAAGUAAGUGAAGGCGGAAAAGUUGUUGAAUCUAAUGGGAGUUAUUUGAGUUGUCUUUGUGAUUAAGCAAUUCCAAAGACAGGAAAAAUACAAUUUGCAUUCUAAAUAAUUAAUAUUGGUUGUUGUUUUGUAGGAAUUGGAUAUAGAGAUUUUCUACAAAAAAAUAAUUAUUAAAGUUAUGGAAAUGGUGGGUAUUAAAUAAUUUGAAUCAUAUUAGAUAGUAUUCAAUAAGUAGUGAUCGAUAUACUUGUUCUCAUCAUAACAAAUAAAUAGAUGGAAGACCAUCAUAAUCAACAUUCAGCUUCACUAUUAAUGAUAUUAUAAUAGUGGAAGUGAGUAUUGAAAUGAAAUACAUUAAAUGGAGGAAAUAUAGCAAUUCAUAAGAAAUGGCUGUAAGCAUCAAAUCUAUACUUAGUAGUUGGAAUUAGACACAUCUAUAUCAUAAGAAUUAUAUCCUUGUGUGUGUCUUUAUAAUUCCAAAGUAAAAAUAUUGGAUAAUAUUCUCAUCUGA